UAAAACCGAAUAACUAGGUACGUAACAUCGCGAUACGUCAUAGUCACUAAUCAGUGAGUUAAUAUUCUCACUUUCUUCCCUCUAUUUCUCCACGUAUCUUGAGUUCCAAUAGUGAAUUUUAAAAGACGUCAAAAUGAUUGCCACACAGAUCUUUAUAUCAAUGGUUGUUUUAAUUUCUUCCGUCCAUUUUAUAACCUGUCCAGCUGUUGCUAGUGGUGGUGCAACGAAACCAAAUAUGAGUCAAUUUGCAGUUGUAAGUGAUAAACCAGACACUACCCCGGAUAUGCUGCUCGAAGGAGAAACGCAUGAAUCAAAUAUUGGACAGUCAUUAGUUUCAAAAAAAGUUCGUACUGCGAUGUCUAAAUCUGUUGGUUUUCUACUCUGGCCAGUAAAGAAAUCGUGGAAAAUAAUCAAGGGCUUUAUGCCGAUACGCCGAAAUAUGAGUAUUGUUCCAAAAAAUAUGGUGAAUGGAGAAGUAAUAAAUUAAUAUGGAAUAAUUAAGAUUUAAUUUGUAACUUGUUAUUUUACAACUAUAUUAAAAUCAGUAUUAAUAAAUAUUAAUAAUAAA